AUGCCUCAGAGUGUGGACAACGCGUACGGAUUGGAGACAAUCAAUGGUAAAGUGUAUUACGAGUGCUUUCUAUGCGAUAAAGUGGUGGUGAAGUGCGAGAAAGACAUUGUCCGACACGUGUUUCGGGACCACUUGGGGUCACAACCCGUGGCCACCGAUGACAAAACCGUGGCCUCAAUAUCGGCUCAGAACAGAGACAAUGCGAAUACACAGCCAAAGAGUUUACCCCGUAAUGAGCGCCUGAUCGCCAGUCGAUCGCCGGCUCACACUUCUGGCCAGUCUUUGCCGAAACGUCGCCGCAAUGGCCGCAAACACGUCGUCCCCAACGAUCAGAAGUUGAUCACUGAUUACUGGCCGGUGUCUAGACUACAGGCAACUAAAGUCAAAACCAUUGGAUCUACUCAUCAAACAAGUGCUGAGCCUUUGUCGGCGCCGACCACUAAUCAAUCCGAUGACCAGCCGAUGGACAAUGACUUUAAUGUGGACACAAAGCGCUUCUCGUGUCUGGAGAAGGGCUGCGGAAAGACAUUUGGUUUUAUGCAGUCAUUAAUACAACACCGACUCAAACACAGCCAACGGGUGGACAAAACGGCCGCCAAUUUGACCACAAAAGCCAAUACAAUACCCAAAGCUGUCCGUACGUCGAGAACCGACUACAGCGGCGGCUAUAAGUGGUACGACUCGUUCACUGGCGUCCAGAAAAUUGGCCACAAGUGGUAUAAAGUUCAUCGUCUGAACGACCGGUCAGUCAACGCCCAGAAGGAGUCGCACCGACACGACCUUAACUACCGGGGCUUACAGUCGCUUAAGAACCUUAACCAGUGGUACCGAUGCGACCCAUUGCGAGGCCAACGGUACUACCGAUGCCUCUACGAGACCUGUACUUACGGCACAUACAAAUCGCAACAAAUGGCACAGCAUUUACACUGUAAACACUUCCAGACUCGACGGUUCCCGUGCCGUACGCCCGGAUGCGGUCACGUCUACCUAACGCCUCAAUCUCUGCGCCAACACGAGCGCAAUCAUCGGUGCGGUUUUGGCACCGGUAGAGGCGGUGUAAUGUCCGGCCCGUGCGGUAACCGAAACAUAUUUAAAUACCGGAUUGUGAUGAGAGGCCCGGACGGGCGCAUCAGUGCCUACGAGUGCGCCUUUUGUCACCGACGUAUGCGUUACGAUAUGACAAUCAAACGGCACAUCCAUAACCAACACCUGUGUCCGGAGCGCGUGCUUUGGGUCGAGUGUCCGCCACCGACCGGUGACACCGACUCUGGAGUCCAGUUGAGUCCAGUCCAGACAACUGCCGCCAAUGAUGGUAGUGAUGGCGACGACAUACAGAUACUCGAUGAAAGUCUGACCACCGAUGGCCGUCGCGGCCGACUCCUGACCACCGCCAGCCCAGAGGUGAAACAGUGGCUCCGGGAGCGCAGUGUCAGCACCUGUACGACCGAA